AUGCCGCCGGGAAACCGUUCGUUCCGUCUCCCCCGCCGCACAGCCGGCCGCCGACUAAAGCGAGUGCCGAAAAAACGGCCCGCCGGCGUGGCCCCCUUGCGGCGGCCCCCGCCCCCGUCCGAGUCCCGCUUUGGGCGAAUCCCCCAAGUGGAAAUCUUCACCCUCCGUCCCCUUGUGCUGGGCCAGCCGAACGUCCUGGUCUGCUCUGCGAGAAACAUCUUCCCUCCCGUGGCCAGAAUCCGCUGGGCCUUCCAGGGCCAGGAGCUGACCCAGGGCGUCUCCUCCACCCCGGUCUUCCCCGUCCAGGAGCUGGACUUCCAGAUCUUCUCCUACGUGGAGAUGACGCCCCGGGAGGGGGACAUCUACAGCUGCACCGUUAAAGGCCUGGGGGGCAAGUUCGACACCAUGGCCUACUGGGCCCCCAAAGACCCCGUGGCCUCCAAGCUCCUGGAGAACGUCCUCUGCGGCCUUGCGGUGGCGGUGGGAGGGGUCUUCAUCAUCGUGGGGGUCGUCCUGCUGGCCCUCUCCUUCAGGUUCCGGAGCUCCGACUGAAGGUGCCCCCAGCAAGGAGACCCUCCUCUCCUCACCCACCCACCCCCAUCCACGGAUCAGCAUGACCCGGAAGACACCCCCCCCUGGAGUUCCUCCCCUCCCCAAACUGAGCACACUUUUGGGGGAGGCGUUUCCUCCUCUGGCCCUCAGUCCCAAUCACCAUAGCAUAGAAGACUUCCCUGGUUGGGGGGGGGCUGGAAGAGGGGCCCCACCUGAAUCACCCCAAAGGAUGGCGGCAGAUUGCAGACUGAGCCCCAUUUCUGCCACUACAUUGCCUCCCACCCCAUCCCCUGCCUCACUGGGCCUCAUUGCCACCAGGGUGGGAGCUGCCCCCUCUCUAAGUUAAAUUGGUUCCCCCCCCCCCACUGGACACCACAAACCUGCAGCAAAAAACAGCAACAACAACAACAAUCAAAGCUGGAGGGGCUGAAAUGGGUGCAGAUGUGCUUUUGGGGGGUGGGGGGCGGCAGAAAUUGUUUCCCAUCCCCUCCUGCUUCGUUGGGGGGAAAUCCCAUGGAAGUCGAAGUGCUUUGGACUGGCCCCCUCGGCCUCCAUCCUCCCAGGGCUGCCAUGAAGAAGUGAAACCGUGUGGGUGGGAGAUGGGAGGGGAGACGCAUCUUCCUUUGCCAAGAAGGGCCAGAAUAGAAAUUCCGGUGCAAAAUAUAAAUCUGCUUCCUAGGCUGAUAAAAGUAGAUAAGGAGAAAGCGGAGAGAAAAAUGUACUAGGCUACAAACGCUUUGGGGUGGGUUAAAUCAGGGAACAAGUUAGCUUAAAUACGCAAAGAUUCAGUUAUUAAAAGUUUCAAAGUGCUUGCGAAAGACUCCCGUGUGUGGAUUCGUUUGCUUUGACCUUCGUUCUUCCUUUAAAAAAAAAAGAGUUUUAUUAUUUUUCAGUUAGAAAAAUAAACAUUCCAUCUUUCCUUAUGAAAUGUGUUAUUUGGCUGCAAAAAUCUCUGUGCAGCCUCGUUCCUCUUUUGCCACAUCUUUCACAUUCAUAUUAACAUUAUUUCCCUAAUUUUAGUGUUAUAAUAUAUUGA